GGGAAAUCGAUACGGACUACAUAUCACCGGGCCUUCUAAUCGAACAAGGAAGAAUUGAAUUGCCUUGCCCUAUUGGUGGUGUCCACGGACUUACACAGCUAUACUGACAUCGCACAUAUCCCUCAGUUCACCAUGGCUUCCACGUUAGAGACCAUUAGAUUGCCCCAUCUUCCUUCUCUGCCGGUGCAUGUAGCUCUCUACCGUGACGUUCAGAAUGCUCCUUUUCUCCGACAACAGCUCAUCUCUGGGAACUCGGACUUUGAAUAUGCAUUUAUCGACGCAAGUAUGGUUCUCUCGAGAGCGCACGUCUUCUCUGCAAUCUUCAGAGCAGUAAAUGAUUAUCUCAGCGAGCGUCUUAAAUCUCGUAACGUCCAUUCGGAGAUUGUUUUCUCUUUCAGUCCCACGAACAAUAUCGCCGAUACUUUCCGGAAGUUUGGCAUCAGCGAUUCUACAAAAGAUCUACUAGUGGUAAAGCUGUCUACAUCACCAGAAAUCACCCAUGAUUCAGUAGCGGCACAUCUGGCGCAGUCUGUUGAAGGCUCGCAUAUGUCCUUCAAUGAUGAGACUCUAUCGGAGAUUGCAGAUGUUGCUAAGAUCAAGAAGGCUUACAAGUUGGGCGCAUUACCCUCUGCUCCUGUGGGCCAAGUGAACGGCGCCAGCAACGCUGAAGCGCUACGACUUGAAAAUUCCGUGAUCGGUGCCAUUGCCUUACGUGGAGCGACUUGAUUAUUAUCUGUUCUUGAAAAUCG